AUGGCCACCCAAGUCUCCUACGUCAAGGCCGACGGCGUCAACGUCUUCUACCGCCACGCCGGCGACCCUUCGGCCCCGACCGUCCUCCUCCUGCACGGCUUCCCCUCCUCGUCGCACAUGUUCCGCAACCUCAUCCCCAUCCUCGCCGGACUGGGCUACCGCGUCAUCGCCCCGGACCUCCCCAGCUUCGGCUUCACCGACGUCCCCGCCGAGCGCGCCUACGCCUACACCUUCGCCUCCCUGGCCGACACCCUCGCCGCCUUCGUCGCGGCCCUGGACCUCGGCCGCUACGCCGUCUACAUCUUUGACUACGGCGCCCCCGUCGGCCUGCGCCUCGCCGCCAACACCACCACUUCCCCUCCCUCCUCCCGGGCCGCCGUCGCGGCCAUCGUCUCGCAGAACGGCAACGCCUACGCCGAGGGCCUCGACGCCCCCUUCUGGGACCCCCUCAAGCAGUACUGGGCCUCGGGCGCCGCCCGGGACCGCGACGCCCUGCGCCCGGCCCUCGAGAUGGCCACCACGCGCGCGCAGUACGAGGUCGGCUCGCCGCGCCCGGCCGCGGUGCCGCCCGAGUCCUACUGGCUCGACCAGGCGCUCAUGGACCUGCGGCCCGGCAACAACAACAAGGACGUCCAGCUCGACCUGCUGUACGACUACCGCACCAACCUGGCCCUGUACCCGCGCUUCCAGGAGUACCUGCGCGAGUCCCGCGUGCCGGUGCUGGCGGCCUGGGGCAGGAACGACUUCAUCUUCCCGCCCGCCGGCGCCGAGGCCUUUGCGCGCGACGUCGAGAGGUUCGAGCUCAAGUGGCUGGACGCUGGGCACUUUGCGCUCGAGACCAACGAGCGGGAGAUGGCGGGGUAUAUGCACGAGUUCUUCCAAAAGUACAAGGUCUUUGAAUAG